GGGGGAGCCUCCGGCCUGCUCUCGGGCGGCCGCUGCCCUUCGAGAAGGCCGAGGGCCUGGCGGGUCUCUGCACUGUCGCUCACGCCCUGCGCCAGGCGGAGCUUCCGGGAGGGUCGCGGAGCUCCCAGGCCCCAAGCUCCCAAGUCCGGGCAUCCCAGAAAAAUAGCGCCGGGGGUCGGAAGACGGGCUUGGAGGUCUGACCUCUUCCCCGGGGAGGUAUUCGCGCUCACCUGGCCGAGGACCAGGUUGCUGCUCCGGUGCUGGGGUGAACGCCCCCGCGCACUCCAGGAUGUGAGUAGCCCGUGCUCAGGAGUGGAAGGUGAGAGCGGGGGCAGCUGUGAGGGUCUCACCUUGCCAGUCUGCAGACACAGGAAAGGCGUUGCAGCUUUGCCGGGGAAGCUUGUGAUAUUGUAAAAUCUCAGCUUCUGGCAGGCUAGGAACUGAAUUCUAGCCCACGCCCACUUCAGGUUGGCUGGAGAGGGCCCUCCUGCUGCCGCCUCCCUCCUGGACCGCUGCUCCUCCUCCCUGGCAUGCAGACCCUGGCCUCCCCUAACCCUGGGGGGGACCCCCCAUCUGGGAGGAGGUUGGUGUGGAGACUGAGAAGAUGCCCAGGUGCCCUCCACCACUUAAAUUGUAGCACCUUGUGGCUUUGGGAUACAGAUGCUGGGUGUCCCCACAGCCAUUCUCAAGACCUUAUUCUGGCGGCUCUCCGGGUGCAGGAUGGCAGUUUGACAAAGCCUGAGCCCCUGGCGUGAGCCCACAAUUUAAUACAGUUUAGGGGAGUUUUCCAGAAUGAUUCACCUCACGUAGUUGAUUGUUUCAAAGCCGCAAUCUGUCUCUGGACACUCCCUCCGAUUUUUUAAUCUCAUUCUCUGGCUAAGUAAUUUGACAGUUGAGAAAACUGUUCACUAGGAGUCCAGUCUCUCUCUGCAGUCAUUUAAAGGCUGUAAACGUGUUUAGUGGAGAUGAGAGUGUUAUUCCUCAGGGGAGCUCCCUCCCCCCAGCUUUGCCACCCAGUGUGAAAAUCGGUUCUUGUUUGCCCCAGGCCUGCUUUUAAGGUAGUGUCGCUGCUUAAAGAGUUAAUAGUCUUGAUUUAGGCUCUUCACAGCCCAAGCCUCAUGCAAUUUUGCCGAGGCAAUUUGAAUAAUUAAGGUGGGCAGGGUCCCCUAGCCAGUGGAAGAACCCCUCCCCCCACUGCAGGUGACUUCCUGGAGGAAGUCACCGCGGUGGCCAGUUGCCUGACUCUGAGAACUGAUGAGCUUCGCAUACCCCACCCCCACCCCAUCGUUUCAGCAUCCGAUCUGCUGUCCAGGAUAGCUGUAAAUUAGCUGUGGUUAAAUAUAUUUGGUCUCAGGAUAAGACUAUGUGCUUUCAAAAUUUACUUUUGAGCUCUUAAGUUAAUGAUAUUUCUUGCCAAAAAAAUAUGAACUUCAGCUCCAGCCUCUAAUUAGAUGCCUGUGAUUCUCUUUAAUUUUGAUAGUCGAAAGUCUAUUUAAAAAGCAGGCAAAGGACGCCUUGGUGUGUAAGUGGAGCGAUGAAGACCUAAUCCCUGCAGCAUUUGGAACAUCACAGUGAACCUGGAUUCGAAGAGAAUUUCAAGAGCUUGUUGGUCGUUUGAAGAAUGAACCUACCCUCGAAGUCUUGCCAAUGCUGGAGUCAUAGUAGCCGUUCUUUUUAACCUACGAAGAAGCGUUUGCAGACUUCAUCUCAUGGGCACUGCUUGGCAACCUUUCGAGGAUGUGACACCAGCAGCAUAGGAAAGCAUUGCCUCUCUGUGCGUCCCUCCCCGUCUGCUAGAAUGUUUCUCAUGAACGCCCCUCCAGUGGUUACUCUCCAGUCCAAAUGGGAGGCCUUUGGCCCACCGGGGAGCUUUAGGUUUCCCGGGUGCUUCUCGGAGUCAAAAGAGGGCGUCGAGAGAGCUUCCGUGAGUGCCAAAGUGCAGAUGAUCAUCAGCUCGCUGCAGCGCGACGAGGCUGCUCUGGGCAUGAACCAUGAGCGCGCGCCGCCGAGAAGCCAGAAGGCAGAGAGAUGCCGAGACGCCAGGCUGGCCGCCAGUCCCACCACGUGCAAGGAGCAGCCUCCAUUUGCUGCCUGUGGUCUUGCCACUAAUUUUGACCCCAUGGGGAAGGAGGAGGCUGCAGGCUUUGGUGCCUUGGCCCUGGAUUCGGACAGUGACGAUUCAGUGGACCGAGACAUCGAAGAGGCCAUCCAGGAGUAUCUGAAGGCGAAGAGCGGAGCCACACAGCCCGUGUCCGGAGGGGCCCAGCCUGGUGGGCCCCAGCCUUCUGGGGCCACAGGUGGGGGCAGUAGAUGCAAACCAGAACCUGCUCACAGCAGCACCCCAACUGCCCUAUGUGCCCCAAAACUUGCACCUGGCUCAGGCGGUGUCCCUGGCAUCCACGGGGGAGCCAGCAAGGACCAAGGCUCUGCCUCCCCUGUUAGCGUGAGCAGCGAUGACUCCUUUGAACAGAGCAUCAGAGCAGAAAUAGAGCAGUUUCUGAAUGAGAAAAGACAGCAUGAAACCCAAAAGUGUGAGGGGUCUGUGGAUAAAAUACUAGAUCCAAAUGGAAAUUCAGCCAAAUCACCAUUUAAAUCCAGCAAAGAGCUGACCAUUAAGGGGGCGCAUCGGCAAGAUCUGGCAGGAGCCUGUAAGGAGUUUGUCUUCCGCAAACCUCCCAGGUUAGCCAAAGCGAACCCACAGCCCAGAAGCCUCAGGUCUAAGGUGUCCGCCGGGCCAGAGAGCGUGGGCAGCACAAAGCCAGCAGCCCCCAAGGCAGCCGCCUCCUGCCGCCCUGCAGAAGCCACACAGAGUAAAAGCAGGGUUAAGAGGAACACUGGCGCCAUGAGGCGGGGAAAGCGAGUCAGGAGCGCGGCCCUGGUGCCCGAGGCAUCUGACUCCAGCAGCGAUGACGGCAUCGAGGCGGCCAUCCAGCUAUACCAGCUGGAGAAGACGAGGAAGGAGGCCGGCGGGGACCCACCUCCGAGAGCCCAGCGCCGGGAGGAAAAGAGGCCCGACCCGCCCACAGACAGCCCAAGCAGCACCACGAAAAGUGCCUUGCCCGACACCCACAGGAAAACACCAAGCAAGAGGAAGCCAGUGGCCACAAAGCCUACGGACCCCAGCCCGGGGGGCCUGGAUGCUGACCCUCCCUCCACGCUACCGAAGGAAACCAAAGCUCCCCCCACCGUAAGCACAGCUUCCAGAAGCGAGUUUGUGGAACGGUCCUCUUGCCGGGCAGACACGUCCGCUGAGCUGAUGUGUGCCGAGGCGAUCCUGGACAUUUCCAAGACAAUCCUGCCGGCCCCUGUGGAGGGCGGCGACAGGUCACUGUCUGCGAGCCCACUCUUCUACUCCCCCAACGUGCCUUCCUGCUCUGGCGGUGACAGCAGCUCUGUGGACAGUGAUGACAGCAUAGAGCAGGAAAUCCGGACAUUUCUGGCCCUCAAGGCGCAGUCAGGGAGCUUGCUGGCCAGGGCCGAAAGCAGCCCUCAGGCCACACAGGGCCCGCUGGAGCCACCAGGCCCCAACGGCCAGACUGGUGGCCCCAGGGCCCCUGUCCCUAAAACACCGGCCCUGUCGCUGAGCUGCAGAAGGAAACGUAGAGGUGGCGGCCACACCUUAAGGCCAUCCACACCCAAGAAGACGAGGGACAUGGUGAAAGAGGGUGGCCAGGAUGCUGACCACAGCGGGGGGAAAGCGGAGCCCGGCUACAGUGGACAAGACCUGCCCAGCCAGGGCAAAGCAGGUGAGGCCCCUGGGAGGGAAGGCCAGGCCACGGCGCCCGGUGCUGCACACGUGCCACAGGGCCACCACAAGACAGUCGAGACGAAGGGUAUGGAUGAAAAAGAGAGCUCUGAGGACAAGAGCAGCUCACUGGACAGCGAUGAGGACCUCGACACAGCCAUUAAAGACUUGUUAAGGUCCAAGCGAAAGCUUAAGAAGAGGUGCAAGGACCCCAGGGCUGUGUGCAAGAAGAAGGUGAGGUUCAGCACCACCGAGACGCAGUUCUUAGAUAAGCUAGGCGGGUUCCGGAGAGACUGGAAAGACAAAAACCCGCAAGUGCUGAAAAGCUGCCUCUCCAAGUCCAAGAGAGACAGCGGAGAGAGCCCUGUGAACAAACCUCUGAGCGUCUUUGGCAGUGUGACAGAGAGAGCCAAGCCGGAGAGUGCUGGGGACCAGGAGGUGGCCCUGGCCUUCCAGUUAAGGAGAAAUGCCACUGAAGGGACUCUGCUCUCGGGUGAGCACCAGGGCCCAGCUCCCUGCCCCAGCUCCCCGUCCGAUGACAGCAGUUCCGUGGACAGCGAUGAUAGCAUCGAACUGGAGAUUAGGAAGUUUUUGGCAGAAAAGGCCAAGGAGUCAGUGAGCAGUUUGGAAAUUCAGGCAGAGGGCCCCACUGCUCUCGGCACAGGGGGCCCAGCCAGGCCAGACGGGCCGUGCAGGAAGGAGCCAGCCCUGCAGCCCGGCAUGUGCACUCGGAGCCAGAGGGCCAAGGGGGCCCCCCAGCCAGCCCAAGGACUGCGGGGCACAGAGAGAGCUGGAGCCCAGAGUGCAACCAGCCUCUUCAGCCAGGGUGGGAAGGGCCCUGCUGCUCCAGCCAGAUGUGACUUGGUGCCGCCCAGGGGCACUGGUGGAAAUGUCUCUGCCAAGGGAUCUCCAGCGAGUAGGAGAAAUGUUUAUGUCCACAAAGACCAGAGCCCGCGCGGGGCGGAGCCUGCUGCUGCCGAAAGUGCUUUUGGUCAGCUGCCCAGCUGUGCCAAAGUGGGCACCGAGGCAGGAGGGGCCGGGGGGACCUUUCAUGUGAGUUACGGGAGCCGGAGCCUCCUGACGCCCAGCUCGGGAGCCGAGAGGGACACUUGGCCCCAGGCUGACCUCACCCUCCCUUGGAGCGACUUUGCCCACCAGAGCAGGCUGCCCAGCCCGUGGGCGCUGAACUCGGAUGGCAGAGACUCAGUGUGGAGAGGGGCUCUGGGGAGUGAGAGAGAGAAGGGGCCUGAGGGCCCCCCCAGCCUGCCCUUUGCUGGCUUCUCCCCGCUGAUGUCCACCCAGCUUUUCCACUUUGGAAAGAGUGUGCCCUGGGGCGCCAAGCCCGCCAGCCUCUUCAGCCCCCACCCGGGGCUGCCUCUACAGGGCCCGUCCUUUUCGGCCUUCAGGGAGGCCCAGACUGGGCCCGGCCCCGUGUUCGGGAGCCCACACCUGCUGGUGAAGGACAGCGGGCCCUGGCCCUGCAGGAAGGCGCAGGCGGGGCUCGCUUUGCACGACAGGAGGAGCUCGGGCCCGGAGGAAAACAUUUUAGACCUGAGGUAUCGACAAAGGGACAGGGACGACCAGGACCAGGAGGCCCUGGGCAGUGACGCCAGUGACUUCAGCGACACCUCCAUGGAGGAUGGUGGUGGCCGCUCAGUAGUGAAGGGCAAAGCCCUCAAGUUCCUGGUUCAGAGAGACCCUGAGAGUGACGCUUGCUGGCUGGGAAGACGAGCUGAGGAAGGCGGCGGUCGCCUCCCUGAGAAACACUGAAAUGCCCAAAGGUAUCUAUUGGGAAGCUCCUUGGACAGCACUUUUUGUACAAACGACCCCCCACCCCAGUCCCUUGAGGCUAGAGCUUGUCUUCUGAAAACUGCAGUCACAGCCUUCAGUUGGGAAAAUGUUUUGAAGCACAACGGCCAGCAGCAGGCGGGCUGGGCCGCCCCGCUGUGUGCAGAGCUGGGCAGAGCCCUGCAGCCGUAGCUCUGCUGCUGGGCCCUGAGCCCCGGUUGGUAAUGUCUGUUCAGUCACUAGAUGAUUCUAACAUCUAAAUAAACCUCUUUUUAUAUGGGA